UAUGCCUCAUUUCUUGGAUUGGUUUGUGCCAAUGUAUCUGAUGAUCUCAAUUCUCAUAUUGGUGGGCUUUGGAGCUUGUAUAUACUAUUUUGAGCCAGGACUUCAGGAAGCACACAAGUGGAGAACACAAAGACCAAUCAUGGAGCCAGACCUCCGGAAAACAUUGAUGAUACGAGACAAUCUAGCAUUUGGAGUGCCUGAAGUCUAGUAUUCUGCUCACCAAGACAAAUGAAAGUUUUUAGAAGGUAUAAGGUCAAGUGUUGUUUGCUCAGGACAAUUUCUUGCUACAAGUUAUGUGGUCAGGUCGUAGCGUCAUUUUUUGCUGAUGUGGGUCUCCUUUAAUGAAGCAUUCUUUGU